CGCCCUACGUGCAGCUAUCGACACGACACGUGCGUGGUCGCUGGCCAGAAUAAUGACAACAUUGCUAUAUUUCAUAUUUAGGCACCUGGUUUAAAAGAAAGAAAAAAAAAACACUUACAAAAACGCGAACAUGUGACGUGCACUGGGCAUUAAUUGUAUGGUGACAGCUGUUUUUGCUCUAUGAUGGGUCGAAUGACAUGUUCCAAAAUCAAAUCAGCUGAUUUGAAGUUGAAUACUUUACCAUAUUUAGGCUACUUAAUUGUUAUGCUUGUGAAGUUGUGUGCUGAUUCAGCACCCCCCCCCCCAUAAGGCUUCAGCAUUCAACUCCAAGGUCACGAAAGGCAAAAUGUUAGCAAUGCAUGGGAAACUGCACAUAACACCUCAGAUUUGUGCAGUGAAACGAUCAAGAUCAAGAUAUGUGACAGUAAAAGGCAGACUGAAGUUUCCAUACAAACUUGAGAGGUUGUUACCAUGUCAACAAGCUCAGUUGCAUCAUGGGUAACGGCAGAGGUGGACUCCAACGAGAAUAUCGAAUGUUGUGGAUAUAAGAAGAACCCCCUAAAGACCGCUGUCUGCUACGUCGUUGCUGUACUCUCCUUGGGAUUUCUCUUCCUCGUCUUCUACUGGAAAGAAGACUGGCGGCUUAAGUGCAUGUGUGCACCUUGUCAUCUGAAAGAGGCAGAUUUUGUCCUCAUCAAGGACAUUUACCGGCGAUAUCAUGUUUGUGACAUUCGACGGAACCUUGUCAAAGAUAACGAUGGCUGCAGUCGUGAAAUGCUUCGCACCAUUCUUAAGAAGGAUGUCGUUGAUGCAGACGGAAAUCUGAGAUUUUUCAAAUUUCAAAAGAUUUUCUUUAUCUUGGAUCUUGCUCUGCAUGAGAUAUUUCGUCUCAGGGGACUUGAGAGUAACACGCCAUGCAAUGCUUUCCUGAAACAAUAUGCUGGUGGAUUGUCAGAAUCUCAAUCCGAACAAAGACAAGUGAUUUAUGGCAAGAAUGACAUCUAUGUUCGAGUGCGUUCCAUCCCAGUAUUACUUGUUCAAGAGGUGUUGAAUCCGUUCUACAUCUUUCAAAUCUUCAGCAUUGCUGUCUGGUUAGCUGAUGAGUAUAUCUACUAUUCAGCAUGUAUUCUCAUCAUGUCGGCUAUAUCUAUUGCUAUAUCUCUGUAUACGACUAGAAAGCAAAAUUUGACACUACGCAGCAUGGUGCAGUCAGAUACUGUGGUUAAAGUCUUGCGUCCUAACAACAAGGCCGUUGAGGUAUCUGAGAAGGUCUUAGUUCCUGGGGAUGUCAUCAUUAUUCCUCAUCAUGGCUGCAUGAUGACAUGUGAUGCUGUCCUCAUCAGUGGAAACUGCAUCGUCAAUGAGAGCUCACUCACAGGGGAGAGUGUACCAGUGACAAAGACCCCCCUUCCACAUCAAGGGGACUGCAUGACUGAAUACUGUCCCAUUGAACACAAACGCCACAGUUUAUUCUGUGGUACAAAGGUGAUACAGACCAGACAAGGGGACACGGAUGAAGUCAGAGCGGUGGUUGUACAGACAGGUUUUUCCACAGCGAAAGGAUCUCUAGUUCAGGCUAUCAUGUACCCUAAACCCAUGGAGUUCAGACUGUAUCGAGACGCCCUGCGCUUCGUUGGUCUGCUGGCUGUUAUUGCAUUCGUUGGACUUGUUUACGCCAUCAUCAUGAUGACUCUAAAAGGAGCGACAGUUUCACGGAUCAUUAUCCGAGCCUUAGACAUUGUCACCAUUGCCGUACCCCCGGCCCUACCGGCAGCCCUGACGAUUGGUAUGGUCUACGCACAGAUACGACUCAAAGCACAGCAGAUAUUCUGCAUCAGUCCGCAGAGAAUCAACCUGAGUGGAACCAUUGAUAUAUUCUGCUUUGAUAAGACUGGUACUCUGACAGAAGAGGGCCUGGAUUUACUGGGAGUCCAAAUGGCUGAGAAUGGAAGAUUUCUUCCGAUGACUACAUCAGUGUCCAGCCUUCCUAUUGGUCCAUUUACAUCUACCAUGGCAACAUGCCACUCAUUGGCUGUCGUCAACGACGAGUUGUCAGGUGACCCCAUCGACCUGAAGAUGUUCCAGGCCACAGACUGGACCUUCAAGGAACCGGACAGAACUUCAGGAGAAAAGUUCAUCAAAGUAGAGCCGCCUAAGGACGUUAUACAGAUGGGUGAUUCGUACAAAGAAAAGGGUGAUUACGGUAUCUCUGUGUUACAUCUGUUUCCGUUUUCCUCUGCCCUGCAACGGAUGAGUGUCAUUGCACAGACCGAGGGCGAUGAUCGCGUGGUUGCCUAUGUCAAGGGCUCACCAGAGAUUAUCUCGUCGUUAUCAAAACCAGAAACGGUUCCUGAUAAUUUUCAGCAGGUACUCAGUAACUACACCCAAGAUGGCCUCCGGGUCUUAGCUUUGGCCUGGAAACCUAUCCAAUAUGAAGGAACACUGGAUAAUUUGAAGAAUAUGCAAAGGAAGAAUGUGGAGGAGGAGUUGGAAUUCUUGGGUCUGAUGAUCUUGGAGAAUAAACUGAAACCAGAGACCAGACCUGUCAUUGAAGAGUUGAAUCGAGCCAACAUACGAACAAUCAUGAUCACAGGCGAUAAUUUACUAACUGCCAUGAACGUCGCCUGUAAGUCGGGCAUGUGUGGUCCGGACGAUACGGUCAUCCAUAUCCAAGCAGAGACACCUGAAUGCUGCGACGAUUCAACACCGAUACUGACUUACAAGGCAGUUGACAAGGAUCAUACACCCACUGGCGAUCAAAUCGAGACCAAGAAUUAUUUCAAGAACAACGAAAAAGAGGCUCUGGAAAUGAAGACAAUCAAAGAUGAAGUCAGUCCGAUGUUAGUCAAUAAGCCCCUAGCAGCCUGCAGGACCCACUAUGCUAUCGAUGGAGCUACCUAUGAUGCCAUCCAGCAACAUCAUCAAGAUCAACUGCAAAAUGUCAUCGUCAAGGGAACGAUCUUUGCUCGCUUCUCGCCCAAUCAGAAGAUGUCUUUGGUAGAGGAGUUGCAGCAUCUGGAUUACUUCGUUGGGAUGUGUGGAGACGGAGCUAACGAUUGCGGAGCGCUGAAGACCGCUCAUGCUGGUAUCUCGCUGUCGGAGGCUGAGGCAUCCGUUGCCUCACCGUUCACGUCUAAGAUCCCGAACAUCUCAUGUGUGCCGAUUCUUAUCAGGGAGGGGCGAGCAGCUCUAGUGACAUCAUUUGAGAUGUUCAAAUUCCUCGCCAUGUACGGCUUGAUUCAAUUCAUGUCAGUCAUGAUCCUGUACUCAAUUACAUCCACGCUGAGCGAUCUACAGUUCAAUUACAUAGACUUGGGAUUGUGUACUUUAACUAUACUAUUGGUGAGUCGUGGUGAAGCGUAUGAGAAGAUCUCCGUCAAGCGACCGUUUACUAAACUCAUGACAUCGCCGGUACUCUUCUCCCUGGUCUCUCAGAUUAUUGUUGUCACCUUGAUCCAGACGGCCACGUUCUUGGUGCUCCAAGCAAUGCCAUGGUAUGUUCCCCUGGUCCCCAUCCCAGAUGGGAGGAACCGAGAAUGUCAGGAGACGACGUCUCUAUUCCUAAUCUCCUGCUUUCAGUAUAUCAUAAUGGCAGUGGUGUACACUCCAAAACCACCGUUCCGUCAACCGAUCUACAAACUACGUUUAUAUUCAGCCUAUUUGAUUAUCACGUUUGUUGGUACGACGUUGCUGCUCUAUGUGCCAACAGCGCAUACUGUGAGAGUCAUGGAGAUGGUAGUUCUGCCUGAUUACGUCUUUAAGACCUGCAUCCUUGCUCUUGCUUUUCUCAACUUUGCCUUCUCUUGCGUCAUUGAGUACAUCCUGGUGCCCAGUCCCGCCUUUAUUCGUUUUGUGUCCUGCGCCGCCUGGCGGAAAUCUAGACCACCCAAGUACACACUGCUAGAGAUGGACUACCACUGCCAUGGAGACCAAGUCUGAGGGGUGAGAAUGACCAGGGGUCACCUCUAGAGGGAGCUGGUCAUUUACUAGGGUUACCAUGCAGAUAUUAUUGUCCUGUACGCAAUCAGCAAUUAUUCGAUAUGCAUGAUGUCUAGAUACUGGAAACAUAAUCAUACCAAAAUCAGCAUUUGCCAAUGGAUUUGUAUAAUCCUUGGACCCGAAAUGGGACGAUUGAACAUGAUGCAAUUUGUUAUAUCGGUGUACAUAUUAUUCUUGCUCCUUUAUACUUCAGAAAGUAGCUUCAAAAUCAUUGAAAUGUGUCAGAGUAAUUAAUGUAAAGUACAGUGAAAUAUCGAUAAGUCAAACUCUGAUAACUCAAAAACAACUGUUAAAUCAAACAAAGAAUCCAUUGCUUUCAGUAGUAUAACAAUGAUAUCACCCUGCUUGAUUAACUCGAAACUCUGCUUAAAUUAAAUUUUUAACCCGUUACCUUGAGGUUUGACUCAUCAAGAUUUCACUGUAGUUUUAAAUAUAAGAACUGAGUACAUCUUGGUAUUUUGUUGAGGUAUGAUAUGUUCAGCAUUUAUUCACAUUAGCGCUGAUCUCCAAACAAAUUGGACAUUUCUGGGACUGCCGUCUUAAUGCACAUAGCAGGCAGUAUUUGAAAGUAGUAACUGCGCCAUUGUUUUCCGAAAAGUUUAUCGUCAGCAUUGUUGUUUUCUUAGUAGCAAUUGAAUGCCGACCUGUAAAUGAGACACAUUUUCCAUGUUGUGUUUGGUUCCUCGGAAUUCUAGUCACUAAAAUCGAGAUCAGCUGAUCAGUGCAUGUCACUCAGAAGUUUGACAAAUAAUGUUGAUUUCAAUUUUGAACUGACGUGUAAACAGUUCAAUCUGUGAUGAGUUUUAUUGUAAAGGUCUUUACAUAAAGAAAAUUGUCGAUUGUUGCAACCUGACGCCACUUUUCAUCAGUUGUGAACAAAGUCUAUGGAGAGUCAAGAAAAUUUUCUAAGUAUUUCCUAACAAAAUUGGAAAUGUUUCUCAGUCCCAGAUUCAUGUCUUAUCAUCAUUUUUGCAAUGACUGACCUUCAUGGAGAUGAUAUAUGAAGAAAAAAGUGGCGUCAGGUUGCAACAUUUUUUCCAGCAUAUUUUUGAAAACCUGGGAUCUCAGUUUUGGCGCCUAGCUUAAAGAUGUUAAGUUGAAGAAAAUAAAAGUUGAAGAGAAAUAUCAGUGAACAUGAAUUAUACUGAAAUCGGGUAACUAUUGGUCAUUUGCCAAAGUAAAUAGAAUAACAAACGGGUUGGACAGAUUCAGUGUUGCUCUGAAUGUAAAUGCGAAAAGACUUAAUUAUCAAAUCGAAAACAAAGCUUUUAGAAUUAAUAGCAUUUCAGUAUACCUUUUUUAAGGAUUGUGUAAUGUAUACUUACUAUUGUAUGUAAAUUGAAAGUGGAAGAAAUCACAAUUUUAUAACAGCAUUUUUAUGAAAGUACAUGUAUAACCAUAUUUUAUAGAUUUUGUAACAUCCUUGAUAAUUUUGAUAUAAAAAUAAUGGCUUUGCCAGUGGAAUUAAAUGCACUGAAAUAGUUUAAUAAAAUGUUAGGGGAGCCAUGAUAUUCAUAGGAUAUCUCGAAAAAGUGAAGGAAAGGUUAAAAAAGUGGGAUUUUAGAAUAAGAAAAAUACAUGGUUCUCUUGCGUUGCAAAUAUUACCCAUGUCUGACAACUGUCUUUUUGACUAUAAUGUUUACCAUUUGAAAGCAUUCUAAUUAGUAUUACUCCACUUUAACAUGUGGAAAUGUUGCCAAAUAUGUAUUAGUAAAAAGUAUGAUCUGAACGGGCCUUAUUCACGAGUCUGCCAUAUUGAAUUGAAAGUGAGGCAAAAUCUUAAUAUUUAGAACUAGCGAAGAGAUAUAAAAGCAACUUAAUUCCUAAUUAAUUCCAGUCUGCUUCUAUGAAUAAUUUUUUAAUUUGUUAUUAAAAAUUCCCUAACGUUUAAAGCCAGAUUAAAGAAAAAAUAGACAGUCAAA